AUGGAUCGCAAACUGGAUUGGCAUGAGCACAUUGAUGAUUUGGUGCUGAGAGCUAACAAAUCCUUAAAUAUAAUAAGAACAUUGGCAAAAGUGACAUAUGGAGCCCAUCCAGAGUCAAUGCUGGCAGCAUACAGAGGUCUCACAAGAUCACUGCUUGAGUGGGCUUCUAUACUCUUCGCUAACACCGGACGAUGCAGAUUAAUUAGAUUGGACCGUGUCCAAUUUAGUGCCCUCAGGAUCGCUCUAGGGUGUAUGAGGACAACCCCAAUCCCGAUUCUUCUUUCGGAAGCAGGGGAACCUACCCUUGAGCAUAGAAGAUCUUUACUCUUAAAUAGAAAUUCUAUCAGGAUCUCUAGCUGGACUCAUAAUCAUUUGCUGCGGAAACUAGAGGACUUGUCACUCGAGAUCGCUAUAACAAAACAGACACCUAAGUAUCUAUAUAACUUUCCCCCAUUAAAACACUUAAAACCAGUCGGGGAUUUGUCAUCCUCAACUAUAAGACCACUUAAACCGGCCUAUUACGAUAGAGACUGGGCGGAGCUUAUAAUAGAAGUUGAGCACAUCAUAGAUAAGGAAACGGAUGGAUCGUAUGCAGAGAGUAGUGGAAGAGCGUCCUCGAGCUUCUUCACAUACCACAGACUCAAUUUAGACUGGGUGGCGGAGCUGAAUGGUAUCCACUCGGCUCUCAAACACUCCAUUGAGGAGGACGUCAUGCAUCCUUUAAUUCUUACGGACUCUAUGAAAGCACUGCAGACAAUCAAGGAUAGAUUGAGAGACUCUGAGUCCAGAGUACUAGUUCAUGAAAUUGCUUCAAUGAUCAUGCAACUGAUUCACCUUCAAAAAGACAUCAAAAUGCUCUGGAUUCCAUCCCAUUCGAACAUACCGGGCAAUGAAGAGGCGGACAGGUUGUCAAAACUGGCUUUAAACCUUCCAGUUGGAAAAAAGCCUUCUUUUCAAAGGAAGACUUUAAAAGUUUAG